UCCUUAAACACCAAACGCGUCUUCUUUUUUUCUCUUUCGUUUUCCGUCUCUCGUACUUGCUGCGAAAAACAAAAAAAAUGUCAGGAUAUCCCAAUCCAAAUUCUCACGGCUACGGUUACAGCGCUCCGCCGCCGUCUCAGCCGUACAGCGUUCCGCCGCCGUCCCAGUCGUACAGCGUUCCACCGCCGUCCCAGGCGUACUCAUCAGCUCCCUACGGCGUUCCACCGCCAUCUUCCGCAUACGGGGCCCCACCACCGGGCCAAUCUCCUUACGCGCCCGUAGCCUCUCCGUACUCGGCUCCCUCGGCCCCCUACGCGUCCGAUCCCACCAAGCCCCCGAAGGAGAACAAACCCCAAUCCUCUGGCCAUUAUGGCGGUGGCUACCCCACCGCUCCCCCUUCGGCGCCGUACGGCAGUGCCCCCUUUGGUUCUCACGUCCCCUCCUCUUUCCCGCCCGGCACCGAUCCGAACGUGGUGGCUUGCUUUCAGAUGGCCGAUCAGGAUGGAAGCGGCAUGAUCGACGAUAAGGAGCUGCAAGGGGCGCUUUCCUCGUAUAAUCAUCAGAGCUUUAGCAUGAGGACAGUUCAUCUUCUCAUGUAUCUGUUCACGAACACCAACACCCGUAAAAUUGGUCCAAAAGAAUUUACUGCAGUCUUCUACAGUCUACAAAACUGGAGGGCAAUUUUUGAGAGAUUUGACAGGGAUCGGAGUGGCAAAAUUGAUACUACAGAAUUAAGGGAGGCCCUCUUGAGCUUGGGAUUUGCAGUAUCACCUGCAGUUUUAGAGUUGUUGGUGACCAAAUUUGAUAAAACCGGUGGACAUAACAAGGCCAUUGAAUACGAUAAUUUCAUCGAGUGCUGCCUCACAGUGAAGGGGCUGACCGAGAAAUUUAAGGAUAAGGACACUGGGUAUACUGGUUCAGCAACUUUCACCUAUGAAGCUUUCAUGUUGACAGUUCUGCCUUUCCUGAUUGCAUAGAGAUGAGAUGUGUACAUGAGUUGAGUAUGGUUUGUUUGAUAGAAGCCUGCAGCAGCUUCCAUUUAAAUGGUUUAAUUUUCGUAUUAUGCAAUCUUUCAUUUUCAUUAGUUGUAUUUUGCUUAGUAGUAACGUUGGAGGUAAUCUUGUAUUGUGUCAUGUUUCCUACUUGCACUUCUCUCCUUUCAAUUUACACUAUAUUUCUUCUUGAAUAAACUCUCAUCAGCUUCAUAUA